AUAGAUUUUGUUUUUUCAACUGAAAAUUUAACUCUCCACUUUGUUCCCUACUUUUCAACUUUAUUAAUUCCAUCUUGCACGUUCUUCACUAUGUGUUCAACAUUUCUCCCUCUUUUCCACAAAGCCCCGUCAUCUGCAAACAAUGACUUCCCCAUACCAUAGGGAUAUUCACAAAUAUGUCGUUUAUCAUGAUGGAAAAUAAAGUUGGACUUACUACACUUCCCUGAGGUGUCCCGUUUUCCACAACAUAUUUGGUUGAUAACUCUGACCCUAUCUUCACCUGAAUAGUCCUUCCAUCUAAAAAGUCCAUAACCCAAUUAAACAUUUUCCCUCCGACUCCCAUUACGUGCAGUUUGAUUAGAAGUCCCUCUCUCCAUAGCAUAUCAUACGCUUUCUCAACAUCAAAAAACACUGCAGCCACUGUCUCUUUAUUUACUUGCGCUUUCCUUAUUUCAUUCUCCAGACACAACAUUGGAUCCAUAGUAUUCCUUCCUCUCCUGAAUCCACUUUGAUACGACGCCACCAUACCUCCUUUUUCCAAAAAAUACAUUAACCUCUCAUUUAUCAUACGUUCCAUUAACUUACACAUGUGAGAUGUCAAGGCAAUUGGUCUAUAGUUUCCAGGCCUGCUGGCAUCGUUUUCAGGUUUCCUUAUUGGAAUAAUUAUCGCCUCCUUCCAGCUCCUUAGCAUUCUCCCCUCUUCCCACACUUUAUUAUACAGUGACAACAAUUUCCCCAGACUUCCUACACUCAGAUGUUUUAACAUGCUAUAACAUAUCUCAUCUUUACUCGGUGCUGUCUUUCCUGUUUUAUCUAGUGCCCUUUUUAAUUCUCCCAUGCUGAAAGGUACAUUUUGUCCAUCAUCAUUACUAUCCUUUCUGCAUAAAGCCUCCAUAUUUUCAGACUUUGUUUUCUCUUUGCCUCUUCUUCCUUCUACUGAUAAAUUAUUGGAGCUAUGUACCCUAACAAACGUAUUUGCCAAUAACUCUGCCUUUUCUUUAUUUGUUACUGCAGUCUCAUUUCCAUCGGUCAGAGCCGGAUAACUCCACUCCCUCUUGUCCCCUCCCAUCUUUUUUAUCAUCUUGGGGGUGUUUUCUAUUCGGCGCCCAAUUUUUACUGAAAGAACAGUCCCCGUAUUAUGCGCGGAUGUACACAGAAUAGGCACCGUACCCACAUUAGUUUAAAUUCUAUCAGGUUCGAUUUUAACGCUGUUAGUUCAGUAUAUUCUGUAUUCUGUGUCCCGGUAUAUUCCUAAGUGUAAUUCUGGAAACGCAGGCUUUUUGGGGGUUACAAAACGUUGUAGCAAAACAUCUUCAAAACACACGUGCGUGCGGAUUAAUACAUACAAACCUUUGCUGUUGUACAUGCGCUGUUCUACGUGUGUAUGACAAGUCGAAAUUUCGCACUUAUGACUCGAAUAGUUGUGCACACAACUGUUAAAUGAUAGUUGGGCAUACGAAAAGUGGUAAAUGCAUGUGGUGAAAGGUAUAUUAGCUUACCCCCAUAUUCUGGGUAAAUAAUUGUUCACAGUGAAAAAUGUAUACGUCUCGAACGAGUCAACGUGUAUAGUCUCCGCCACUCAGUUGGGUUUAUGAAUACAUCGUCAAUGAUAAAAUCACGACCAUUAUGCGGUAUUUAAACUAUAUUUACCACAAAGUGUCCUUUUACAUUCUGUUAAUGAGGCCAUUACACCUUGAAUAUAACGCCCCCUAGCUAACACAUUCAAUUGGUUUAAAGGGAUAGACUAAACGGACAACUACGACCUCCUCACGCGACAAGUGAAAAGAGGAAGGUGUAUACAUUAAGCAGACGCUCUUACUGAAGUGCAUGUAGACACUACUAUUCAAAGCCAUUUGAGUGUCUUGGUUGCACACGAGGUGAAGAUAGUCACACAUUUAUUAUCAUGUGGGAAAAAAUCACAGAAUAUGCCCAAGAUAAUGCCAAAAUAUAAAAGAAAAUCAAGACUGAAAUUGACAAAUGGCGGUAGCGUUGUGUAUCUAAGCGUGUAUAAGGAAUAUUGAGUUAAAACUGCCAAAUAAAUUACUGCAAAGUAACAGAUAAACAUGUGGAAUGUCUACGUGUGGAACUCUACCAAAGCGUAUCUGAGUGUUUUUGUCAGACAUAUUCGACUGAAUUUGCUAGGUCACAUGUCGACGUCCAUGUUGUCCGUCUGGUGGCUCCCUGACUUAAAUUUGAAGUCUUUCCGGGAGUCAGCCGUCCGAUAAACCAAAACAAGUAGGCUAUAGUUAGUUGUGGUGGGACAGGUUGUGGUACCGUCGAUUAUUGUUGAUCUUCAGUGAGUGGCGACAACCGACAUAUCGCCCCUGAAUCUCACGACGAACAUGUCGUAACAAUUUUAUCCUCGAUGAUGCACAUUUGAGCCAACAUUACCUACAAAGAUGCCAGCGGUAACAACUGAGGUAAAGGCGCUUUACCUCUCCACGUCUUUGGGUGACCUCAACAAAAAGGCCGAAAUUAAGCCCGAUAAAAUAAACACGAGAAGUUAUGUGCAGAGUGCCUGUAAAAUAUUUAAAGCGGCGGAAGAGAGUCGUCUUCACCGGGACGAAGAGAAGGCCUAUGUUCUGUACAUGAAAUACUUAACAGUCUAUGAUCUCAUCAAAAAGAGACCCGAUUUCAAGCAGCAACAGGAAUUUUUUCUUUCUAUGCUUGGACCGACCAGCUUUAAAAAAGCCAUAGAGGAGGCCGAAAAGCUGUCCGACAGUCUCAAGCUCAGGUAUGAAGAGGCAGAAGUGCGCAAAAAGCUGGAAGAGAGGGAGAAGAUUGAAGAAAAAAAGAAGAGAGAGGAGAAAUCUGAGAAGGAUGCUGGGAGGAGCUCUUUCAAAGAGGUGAUGGAAGCAAAGAAGGAGAUCAAGAAGGUGAAUGGGGAACAGAAGGAAGCUAAAAUUGAGAAUCCAAAAGGUAACGUCCAUCCUGGGGGGGUCACUGCUGAGAAGCUCUUUAAGAUGAUGAAAGAUCAGAGCAUGAGCGUCAUUAUCAUGGAUGCCAGAAGCAGGAGAGAUUUUGAAGGGUCUCAAAUUCGAGUACCACUGCAGAACUGCAUCAGUGUUCCAGAAGAGGCCAUCAGUCCAGGAAUAACUGUCAAUCAAAUUGAGACCAAGCUUCCAGAGGAGUCGAGAGAUCAGUGGCAGCGUCGGGCCUUUGCGGAUUACAUAAUCCUGCUGGACUGGUUCAGCAGCGUAGGAGACCUCAAAUUAGGCACCCCUCUUCAGAGCCUGAAGGACGCCCUCUAUAAGUGGGACAGUAAGACCAUCCUCCGCAGUGAGCCCUUGGUUCUGGAAGGCGGGUACGAGAGCUGGCUGCUGUUCUACCCGAUGUAUACGUCCAACGCUAAAGUUAAACCACCCCGGCAAGACACCAUUGACAUGAUCCCAAAAUUGAACUUAAGCUACCCAUCGCUCGAGGAGCCGAAACCUCCAGCCCCUCCAGAACCCGAACCCAAACCAGAACCCGAACCCCCUGUGGAGAUGAAUGGGAACUCUGAAGAGCAGGAGACUAUCCAGGAGGCAGAGCGGCCAGAGAAGCUGCCGGAAAGUCCCGCAGCUUUGCCCACUUCCUCUGCAGCACCUGUGAAUAAACCGAGUAAAGUCUCAGCCAGCCAGCCCGAAGUCACAGCCAAGGUGAUUCCACAGUUUGAUCGCAACAAAAAACCGUCUGUCAAAACAUCGGAAGGCGUGACACCAAGCGGCGAAGGUUCGGCCAAGGACAAGCCGCUGGUCCAGAAUGGGCCGCUGGUUCCGGACCGUUCCGUCAAGCCGCGCUUUGACCCCAAGGCUUCCCUGACGGAGCAGGAGAAGAGCCAGAUCCACGCGGAAGCCACGCAGCAGAUGGAGAGGGCGAAGCAGGAACAGGAGCAGAGGAGACGUGAGAGGAGGGAGAAGGAAAGGCAGGCCGAGGAGGAGGAGAGGAAGGAAGCCGAGAGACGGGAGGAGCAGCGUGCCAAGGAGGAGAGGGAGCGCAGAGAGGGGGACCAGAAGGAGGAGGAGCAGGAGAAAAACCUGGAUGGGCAGGAUUCGGAGAAGACUGAGGAGCAGCAGGACAAACCAGGGGAGGAGAAAGAGAAGACAAAUGAGAGGGAUCCAGGCGUUGGUGUGCAGUCAAAGAAUUCACCUGCGCCCAACAACUCUGUCGGUGAACUCAAGGCUCCUCUGAAGCAUAGUAAUGAAAUAAAGAAUGGGAACCAAAAGGCAAGGAUUUUAAAAAAUAGAACAGCAGAUGACUUUGAGAAACUGAAGCCUGACCCACUGACCAGGACGAGGAGCGAGGAGAUGGGAAGGAGUGUACCAGGAUUACCUACUGGAUGGAUGAAGUUCCUGGACACAGUGACGGGUACAUACCGGUACUACCACUCCCCCACCAACAGGGUGCAUCUGUACCCGCCCGAGGUGAGCGUGUCCCAGACGCCCCCGGCCACGCCCCCUCUGGCGAAGCAUAAGCAGGCGAGCGCGGCUGAGCCUGACCACGAGCAUUCCAAGCUGAAGCGCUCCUACUCCUCCCCCGACAUCACGCAGGACAUCAAGGAGGAGGGCCAAAGGAAGGCCGCGCCCAUUCCCACCAUCAACAGAGAAACCAAGCCGGCGAACGUCUCCACCCACAAUAAAGCCGAGAUCGCCAGGCUGUCCGCACCCAAGAUCCGUAACCUAAACCCAGUGUUCGGAGGGCUUGGGGCUUCGCUGACGGGCCUGCGGAACCUGGGGAACACCUGCUAUAUGAACUCCAUCCUGCAGUGCCUGUGCAACACGCCCGCCAUGGCUGACUACUUCAACAAGAACCUGUAUCAGCAAGACAUCAACAGGGCCAACAUCCUGGGGCACAAGGGCGAGGUGGCCGAGGAGUUUGGUGUGAUUAUGAAGGCCCUUUGGUCGGGGCUUUACAAGUUCAUCAGCCCACGGGACUUCAAAAUCACUAUCGGGAAGAUCAACGACCAGUUUGCCAGCUACGACCAACAUGACUCCCAGGAGCUGCUGCUCUUCCUUAUGGAUGGACUCCACGAGGACCUCAACAAAAGAGCUGACAACCGCAAGAGGUACAUAGAGGAGGAGAACGAUCAUCUGGAUGACUUCAAAGCGGCGGACCUGGCCUGGAACAAACACAAGUUGCUCAACGAAUCGAUCAUCGUGGCUCUCUUCCAGGGCCAGUUCAAGUCCACUGUGCAGUGUCUGACCUGCCACAAGAAAUCGCGCACUUUCGAAACGUUCAUGUACCUGUCACUGCCGCUGGCUUCCUCCAACAAGUGUACCCUGCAGGACUGCUUGAAGCUGUUUUCCAAAGAGGAGAGGCUUACAGACAACAACAAAGUGUUCUGCAGAAACUGCAAGACCCACAGAGAUUCAACCAAGAAGCUGGAAAUCUGGAAGGUCCCUCCCAUUCUGCUGGUGCACCUUAAACGGUUCUCCUAUGAGGGACGAUGGAAACAGAAGCUUCAGACAUCUGUUGACUUUCCUCUCGAAAACCUGGACCUGAAUCACUAUGUUAUCGGCCCAAAGCACAACUUGAAGCGAUACAACCUCUACGGAGUAUCCAACCACUACGGAGGUCUUGACGGAGGACAUUACACUGCGUACUGUAAGAACAGUAACAAGCAACGCUGGUUCAAGUAUGACGACCACGAGGUGGCUGAAAUUUCCACGUCUUCAGUCAAGUCCCCGGCUGCCUACAUCAUCUUCUACUCGGCCUUGGCCUUGUGAAAUUGCAGGGGAAGAUUCUGGUCGGUGAAUCUACACGGCAACAACUGGCCGUCCACCUCGGUCUGAGGGUCUGAUUAAAGAGCAUUAAGGGCUGGAGCACUUUCCGCAGCCCCUGUGGGAUGAGGCCGCAGAGCCAACACUGCGACAUGAUAGCGCCUCACUUCCUGUAAGACUAUGUAGAAGUUCAGCACUUCAUUUGCUGAUAUUACUUAACAUAGCAAGAAGGUCGAGCAUAAUUUUUGUCACCGUGACUGGCACAAAACCGGUCAUGCCGCAUAGUACGCCUGCAAGGACUACGCAUAUUCCUGGUCUUUAAUACUGUUCACUGUUUUCCUUGUGUUGCAGUUGUGGAACCCUUAAAAUGUUCCAUGUUUUUUUCCCUUCCUUUUCUUUUCCUUGGAUUCAGUACGAUGGCCUUUUCACACAACUGACCUUAACACUUUCUUGUACUGUGAAUAAAUUAGAAGCAGGUUAUUGGAUGAUGUGCACACUGAUGACAGAUAAAGUGCAUUAACACAUAUUCCAAUUGGUUUGAAUUUUUAAUUUGGGAAGUGGCCAGGUUCUGCCAAAAGAGAGGAGGGGUGCUUAGCAUCACAUAAAUGUUCAGUAUGCUGAAAGUGCUGUCUUUGUUUUUGGUUUUUCAUUUGUGGAGGAGGGAACUUUUGGGGACCACCUUUUACGCCUUGUCAGUGUGAUGGUUGAUAACACUCUAGUUCAGGUGAUGCUUCAGUCGGCACUUUUCCAAGUUUUUGGGUAUCUUUUUUUUCUAAAACAUUAAUGUUCCAAAUUGUGUCAAUGGUUACCAGAUGUAUUUACUUUUCCUGCCCCUGUACACUCUGCACCAAAUCCACUCUUGUAGAAAUGGCAUAUUUACCCAACUGUAGGUCAUUAAAUGAAGUACUCUGCAGAAAA